UAUAAUAAAGUAUUUUUCACACAAGCUUGUUUUCUUUUCUCUUUUAUUUUCUUUCAUUUUUUUUUGUUUUGUUUAAAUGACUGUAUUAACUAAAGAACAAUUAGCUAAAUUUAAUCAAGAUGGCUGUCUUGUUAUUGAAAACUUUUUCUCGACAACUAAAGCUGAAGAGUUAAAAUUAAGAGCAAAGGAAUUAUUAGCUAAUUUCUCACUUGAAGGUCAUCCGCUGACGAAAUUUAGUACAGGAAUAAAUGAAAAUAAACAUGUCGGGGACAAUUAUUUUUUGACUUCAGGUAAUAAAAUACAUUUCUUUUUUGAGGAAGGAGCCAUAGAUGAACAAGGACAAUUAAAGGUUCCAAAGGAAAGAGCGAUUAAUAAAAUUGGACAUGGCUUACAUAUCUUGGAUCCUGUAUUUAAAUCAUUUUCAAUCAAUGAUACCAUUUCUACUAUGACAAGAGAGCUUGGAUUUCAAUCUCCUCAAGUGCUUCAAUCUAUGCUAAUUUUCAAGCAACCUUAUAUUGGUGGACUUGUUCCAUCUCAUCAAGAUUCAUCAUUUUUAUAUACUGAACCUCUUUCAGCUGUUGGAUUUUGGUUUGCAUUAGAAGAUUGUACAACUGAAAAUGGUUGUCUUUGGUUCAAGCCUGGAUCACAUAAAACUACACCUAUUCAUAAACGAUUUGUGCGUACUCCUGAUGGUUCAGGCACAACAUUUAUAUCUAGUAUUGAGAAUGAUAGCCAUCAACCUUCAGAGACUACGAUAAACGAUGAUGAUGAAUCUAGCUAUGUGAAAUGCGAAGUGAAAGCAGGAACACUAGUAUUAAUUCAUGGAAGCGUUGUUCAUAAAUCAGCUCCUAAUCUUUCUUCACAUUCACGAUAUAUUUAUACUUUUCAUGUUAUUGAAGGUAAAGCAGAUUAUUCUAAAGAUAAUUGGUUACAGCCUUCGAAUGGAGAUCCAUUCACAUUUGUAUAAAUUACCUUGUAAAAUUAAAUAGGGAUAUAUAAUUUUAUUAUGCUAAUAAAAAAGAACAAAUUAUGACUAAGAAAAUGGGUUUAGAAUAGGUUC